GUUUUUAAUUCGUGUUGGAGCGUUGGUGCCUAGAGACGUGCAAAUAUGCUGAGAUCGAGGAUCUUUGGCCUUCGAAGGGUCGUAACUACGGUUUCACGAGUUACUAAUCCGCGUUUGACUCCCGUCAGGACUUACAAAGUGCACCAGGUAUGCGAUGCGCACAUGAACGAGCUGCCCGUCCCGUGCGGGCCGUGGAAGCCCUGGUACGACGCCAAGCAAAACUUCUACAACAAAAUCUUCGUAGGCGGAGUCCUGUGGUUUCUGUUCUCGUUCGCCAUGAUGAUUAUGACUAACAGCAUUUACUUGAACUUUUCCCCGCCCGCGUACCCCGGCCCGCCCAGCGACAUGGUCCAGGACUGCGAAGAUGAAGGAUAAAUUCUUGUGACUUUGACAAUAAAGUUUGUUUGUCUGUGAAAAAAAAAA